GUGGCGGGGUGCGGCGCCGCUCAGCUCCGUACGCUCUGGAAGGGGUGCGCAGCGCCCCCCUAGAUCACGUCUGCGCCCCGCUCCCCCAGCCGGCGUGCACGGGCGCUCGGUGCUCGCGCAGGCCGGGGUCUGGCCGGGAGGGGGAGCCCCGCGUUCCGGCCCUCGCGACCCAGUCCGUGCCUCUGCGCUGCCUGCAUCAGUUCGGGCUUCGGCUGGUUGCGAAGAGGAGCGAGGGCACCUCAGCCGGAGGCACCGCGUCCAGCCCGCGCGGGCGCCGAGAAACUUUGUGCUCCUGGGAACGGCGCGGAGCCGAGAACCCCGGGUACCGGACCUCUGCGCCCCUCAAGAGAAAGUGAGAGACAGAAUGCUGGUGGCAACCGUGUGAUUGAAGCUGUGUAAAGCUGUACCCGAAGAUUCCUGCGGCUAUAUUGGGACAUAUUCAGGGUAUAAAGUGUGACUGAACCGAGCAGACAUUUGGCAAAUUCUCAUCAUGAAUCGUGCUUUUAGCAGGAAGAAAGACAAAACAUGGAUGCAUACACCUGAGGCUUUAUCAAAACAUUACAUUCCCUAUAAUGCAAAGGCUGAAGAGAUAACUCUAACCAUUGGCCAAGCAUUUGACCUGGCAUACAGGAAAUUUCUAGAAUCUGGAGGAAAAGAUGUUGAAACAAGAAAACAGAUUGCAGGGCUACAGAAAAGAAUCCAAGACCUAGAAACAGAAAACAUGGAACUGAAAAAUAAAGUGCAAGAUUUGGAAAACCAGUUAAGGGUAACUCAAGUAUCAGCAUCACCAGCAGGCAGCAUGGCACCCAAGUCUCCGUCCACUGACGUCUUCGAUAUGAUCCCGUUCUCGCCGGCUUCGCACCAGGCUUCAGUGCCCACUCGCAACGGCACGCAGCCGCCCCCAGUUCCCAGUAGAUCUACAGAAAUCAAACGGGACCUGUUUGGAGCUGAACCUUUCGACCCCUUUAACUGUGGAGCCGGGGAUUUCCCUCCAGAUAUUCAAUCAAAAUUAGAUGAAAUGCAGGAGGGGUUCAAAAUGGGACUAACUCUGGAAGGCACAGUGUUUCACUUGGACCCAGUAGACAGUAGGUGCUGACGACAAGAAGGAGAGAUGCUGCCUCUUGUUAAAUCCGUCUAUGUCCAUAUAUGUUAUGCAUUAUUACUUUGAGACAGGUGUAUAAAUGUACCAAUAUAUUUUUGAACAUCUUAAUGUUUUAAAGACUAUUGCAGUGAAAUUCCUUCACAUUCAGUGUUGAUCUCUAACUUUUAUUUUGAAAGCAACAUAGUGUAGUGUGUAUAUCUUAUUUUGCUUUUUGUUUCUAUUGUCAGUGGACUUUUAAUUUAAACAUCAAUCAUCCCAAUGAUCUGCUUUGUCUGUAGUCUCAGUAAUUAGCAUUUUGAAAUUUGAAUUCAUUCUUCAGGCUGCUAGUUUAUUUCUGAGGUCCCCAAAGCCAUACCUGAAAUGAUAACUUUUAAAAUUCUGAAGAGACAUACCAAUGCCAAACUAAACAUGUUCCAUUUUCAAGCCAAUGCAAAUGUCACUGUUUACUAGAUAGAUGUCAUUUUACAUAUAGAAUGCUGUUCAUGUCACUGGAAAAAAAAGCUAGCUUUCCAUGCCACUUCUUCACUAAUUUUUAGUCAAUAAAAUAAACAUGUACAUUCUAAUAAUUAAAUGUAUUUAGAAUAUAAGCAAAUACAAGGUAAUGAAAUCAUGUUAUUAAAAGACUCAAAUGUUUAUUUUAUAAAUGAUGAUUGUGGAAAACAUUUAUUGUUAACAAAAUUGUUUAAAAAAAUCUCAUUUCUAAUGUAUUGUAACAUUACUGUAAAAUCUAAACAUCAUCUGAUCUGAUCUUUCCUUUAAAUGUAUUUGAAAUGAAUGCUGUGUACAGGUAUCAUACCUAUUAUGCAGACUUACUUUACCAAAUAUAUUUGUCCUCUCUAAAUAUGGACUAUUUUCAUAUAUUCUUCUUUAAUAAUGAUAUUUGUUCCUCACCAAAGUUUGUUCUGUGAUGUCACACUGGUUUUCUAAAGUAUAUGGCAGUAAAGUAUCAAAACAUUUAGCAGCAUGAUUUAUUUGUUUUGUUGAAGUUGAAUCUCAUUUUUCACAGAACUCAAGUUUCUCCUCAGCUUCAUCGUCGAUGUAAGCAGUAAAAUUCUCUGGCUGCUCGUCCUUGAUGUGCUACUGGAAGCUGCCCAUUAAAAAUACUUGCUGUCUAUAUCUUAGCCCAGUGUGUAACAGGCUAACUAUAGCUCUGCAACAAUUUUACAGUUAAAAUUUCUAAUAUGAUGUAGCAGUUUUACAGAAAAACACAUUAUAAAUAUGUGGGCUUAGCUUGGAUCUAACCAUAAAAAAUGGAUAGAUUAUUUCACACAUGAGAAUGUUUUUCAAACACUAAAGGUACAUUUUCGCUAGGAAAAGUCAAAUAUGCUUAUGCAAUAUUAUAUUUGUGUGUAUCUCCACAAUGUUCUAUGGUAUAUGCAAGCCUUCUGUUUGUGUUAUUAGAAGUUGUGCCCUAGAGGGUCGUGUGUGUUUCAUAAGGAAGAGUCUUUAUAAUUCUGUUUGUCAAAUAGUAUUUUGGGAUUUAUAUAAUGAGAAUGUUUUGAAGCCAUAUAUGGCUUAUUUUUAACAGAUAGAAUUUGUAUUUUUAUUGUACUUUAAAAAGCUUUAUGUAAUAGGUAUAUAUUUAGUGACCAUUUAUUGUCAAUGGUAACACAAUAGAGUACUAAGAUGAUAUUUCAAUAUUUAAGAUAUGUUACUUUACCAGUUUUUAAUGGUAAUCAAUUCUGCAACUGGCAUGAUUAAAUAGUAUGUAAUCGGUCAUCAAUUAUGAACAUUUAUUUCACCAGUGCAUUUUUAUGAUGAUCUGGUUGAAAACCGUAUUUCUAUGUAAACUCAAUGAUAUGUUUGAUUUUGCUGAGAAUAAAUGAUUUUA